AUUUUUCCAUAAAUGGAAAUCUGAUAAGACCAUAAUCCUUGCAUGUAUAUAUAAAAGAAAAUGUUCUCAGAAUAUUGGACAUCAACCUUACAAGUGACACUACAAUGCAUGUUGCACUCCUCCUGGUUUUUGCUUUUGUGGGCUUUUCCUUUGCCUGCACAAUUGACAGUGAAUGUGGUGAUGAUGAGUGUUGUUUUAUUGAAAACCCUAUGAUUAUGAGCAAGCGAGCUGCAGUCGCUCCAGUGGACAGCCUCUUAUUGCCAAUCAGAUUUACAGGAAAAUGCACACCAAAACAGGAUGAAGGAAAGAGCUGUAGUGGCAUGUACUCCUGUGGAUGUAAGGCUGGCCUUCGCUGUCAGAUCAGCGAAUUGCAACUAUUUAAAAGAGUGAUUGCUUAUUUGCCUGCUUAUUGUAUAAAGGAUACUACAGUCUAAAGUUCUGAGCCAUCUCUUCGUUCAGAACCAAGUCUGAAACUGUCUAACCCUAAAUUUAGAAGGUAUUAUUGAUCUACAUAAACUGCAAGGGCAAAGACUAAAAACUUGCUCCUCUAAUUCCAGCCACAAAAAUUUAAAGCCAAAUCACAUUUUAAAACUCAAACAGAUACACAUUACAGCAUGCUCUACAUAUCUGGUGUAAAAUGGUGCUGCAAGCACUCAAGAAGACUCUAGCAGAAUAACUGUCCAUCACAGAAUAAAUUCCAUCAAUCUUUUUUCAAUGGUCUCAACAUUUACAUUGAUUAAUUAAAAGUGUUGAUUUUUUUUAAUACAGUUUUUUUUAAAAAAGUCUAUGUCCUCAAACAAAUGCUGGCUUAAUAAAGAAAGUUCUGAACCAUAAA